AAAUUUAAUUUUCAACUAAAAUUGACAUUUUUAUUAAGUAUAUUUUACAAAUAGAUUUUUGUACAUUUUUUUAUUUAUUUAUAAAUWAAUUUUUWWAAAAUGUUAGAAAAAUUAUUUUUAUUACUUGCCUUAAUUGUGCAAUUGGUUUGCAGUGAUGUAACGGUAAAUACUACGUCGGGUAUAAUUAAGGGAAUUACSGUUAAAGCACUGAACACAAGUAUCAAUCAAUUUUUGAGUAUACCAUAUGCUGAGCCACCUAUAGGUGCGCUAAGAUUUGCCAAAACUGUUCCCAUAAAAGCACCCAAAAAGGGUAUAAUUGAUGGCACAAAACUGGGGCCCUCCUGCUAUCAAUACGAUGAUAUAUUUAAACCAUUAAUUAAUGAAGUCAGUGAGGACUGUUUGAUUUUAAAUGUAUGGUCACCGGCAGCUACUGGAAACGUAUCGUCAGCACUAAAACCUGUUAUGUUUUGGAUAUAUGGCGGGGCUCUCAAGAGUGGGUCAAUAUCGUUGCCAUCGUAUAACGGUUCAGUAUUAGCCUCAUAUGAUGUGGUGCUGGUAGCUGUUAAUUAUCGGGUCGGACCGUUUGGUUUUCUAUACGGUGAUGAAGUCAAUGCACCGGGAGAUGUAGGCUUUCACGAUCAGCUAACAGCUCUUAAAUGGGUAAGGGAGAACAUCCAUGURUUUGGUGGCGAUGCCAAUCAAAUCACAAUAUUUGGUGAAAGUGCUGGCAGUUGGUCUACAACAGCUCAYGUGUUUUCACCACUAUCUCGUGGUUUAUUUAAAAGAGCUAUAAUGGAAAGUGGAGCCAUACUGGAGGGCGCAAAGGCUGAGCUCCUGACCAAAACUACCGCUUUGGCCGAAGCAAAACAAAUGGCCAAAACGCUCAACUGUUCCGUCGAUAGCAAUAGCAAAUGGUUAGACUGUUUGCGCAAAGUUGACGCYAAAGAGCUAAACAACUACAAAGGUUUAGACAUUUAUCCGGUACUCGAAACAGAGUUCCUUCCCAGGAGUGCACAACAAGCSUUCAAAACAGGRAACUAUAGCCAAGAUAUUGACCUAAUGGCUGGUGUCAUGAAAAACGAAGGCUCGAUAUUAUCUCAUAUUUACUUUAAUAAAAGCGAUGCCAUUAAGUCUAUUGAAGACAUGAAAGAUCUUCUCGAAAAUAUGCCGAUUCACGGGUUUGACAGAMAAAAAGUUAUWGAAUUUUAUACGRCAGGCAUCGACACCAAAAAUGCCACUUCAAUCAAACACGCGUUUUGGGAGUUUUUCGGUGAUGCCGUCAUCACAUGCAACACGUAUUUGUUUGCCAAACAAUUUGCAAAAGUGUCGCCCAAACAGGGCGUAUACUUUUUCGAGUGGACCUAUCCGUCCAAAAUUGUCGGUCCACUUAUGGGCUGCACUAAAGAGAUGGGAGUUUGUCACGCGGCCGAAAUUGAACACGUGUUUGGAUUGCCGGUCCUUAUGGGUAGCAGUGAUGCACAGUUUAGUAAAGAUGUAAUGAAAUUAUGGACUAAUUUUGCAAAAUUUGGUAAUCCAGUUAAAGGAUCAUCAAUUCAAUGGCCUCGACUUAUCGAUAGCACCGGUACUGUAAGCAAAAUAAAAGAAAUAAACCCAAUGGUCCCUGAUCAUAUUAUUGAAAACCUAUUUGCAAAAACAUGCGAUGGAUUUUGGUUAGAUUACUUUCUACCUGCUGAUAACUAAAAUGUAAAWUAUUAAAAAAAUCACAUUUAUUAA